AACUUAUUAUUACACGGAUUGCAAUUAAACGAAUAACUCUCCAAGUUGGCGACUGUGCUCCCCAUUAUUGAAAGCAACAAAGCAGCCUCUUCUCUUCUCUUCUCUUCACUCACUCGCUUUGUAACUUCCAUUUUUGCCUUGCAACUACUUAGUCACUCACUCUAAUUUAUCCUGUAUAUAUAUAUCUCCCACCUCCCUUAUCUCUCAUCAAUCAUUUUUCAUUCUUCUCUUCUCCUUUACCUCUUCAUUCAUUUCAUACUGGCUAUAAUUGUAUCUCCUCAGAUCUACUACACUGUUAAUCAUCCAUCACUUGAUCUAAUUUACUGUCUUGAAGAUGAUUCUAAUCAGGGAAGUCUGGGCUUCUAAUUUAGAUUCUGAGUUUGAAUUAAUCAGAAAUCUAAUCGAUGAUUACCCUUUUAUUUCUAUGGAUACUGAAUUUCCUGGGGUCAUCCAUCGACCUGCCCCAGUUCACACCAACAACAACAAGAAGCAUCCUCAUCCUCGUCCCUCCUCCCGUGAUCUGUACCGGCUCCUGAAAUCCAACGUCGACGAUUUAAAUCUGAUCCAAGUGGGCCUUACCUUGUCCGAUGCUUCUGGUAAUCUCCCGAAUCUGGGUACUCCCAAUCAGUACAUCUGGGAGUUCAACUUCUCAGACUUCGACAUAGAGCGUGAUCCACACGCGCAUGAUUCCAUCCACUUGCUAACCCAACAAGGUAUUGACUUCGAGAGGAAUAAGAAGGAAGGUAUUGACUCCAUUAACUUUGCCCAGCUCAUCAUGUCUUCUGGUCUUGUUUGCAAUCACUCCGUCACCUGGAUUACCUUUCACAGCGCCUACGAUUUUGGUUACUUGAUUAAAAUCUUGACGCGCCGCAACCUGCCGUCCAAUUUGGACGACUUCUUAGGACUGACCAGAGUGUUUUUCGGGUACCGUGUUUAUGAUAUUAAGCAUAUGAUGAAGUUCUGCAAGAGCUUGUAUGGUGGUUUAGAUAGGGUUGCUAAGACUCUCCAAGUCAAGCGUGCUGUUGGCAAGUGCCAUCAAGCUGGCUCCGAUAGUUUGCUAACUUGGCUCGCAUUUCAGAAGAUGGUUCAACUUUAUUUUCUUAAUAAUCUCCCCGAAUAUCACGCUGGUGUUAUCUAUGGAUUAGACCUCUAGAAACAUGAUCAACAAUACACAUACAGUAUUAAUUAUUAUUCUAUUCAUUGAUUCUUUCUUUAGUCAUUAAAGUAAAUGAUCAACCAUCUUAUCAACUUAUCAAUCAAUAUUGUAAACUUGUACAUUACUCUAAGUUAGCUUCAAUAUUUCAAUAUAAUAUUCAUUUACUACAUAUUGUGUUAAGAUCA